AGCAUUAAGAUUUAUUUCUUUUGAUACUGUUUGGAUUUUUUACUGUAAGGAUUAUUUCAUUUGAACCUGAUUUGGAUUUACGAGGAUAUUUAAAACGAUCAAAAUCAAACAUGGAAGAAAGCUUACAGCAAGAAGCACUCUUGCGCCACCUUCUGUUAAAAAGAACUAGCACAGCUGAGGAUGAAUAUACCUACACAUUCCUGCUCGGUUCACGACUCUUUCAAUCACCCGACGAAAUACUCAACAAGCUUAGCACCUACGCAAAAUUGACCUCGGAUUCCAGCGCGCUCGCGACGGGAAACGCGUGCUCGAAAUGCCGCCAAGUUCACUCCACUCCACGAGGGGCCACCGGAGUGCAAGGCACCGACUUCCGGAUGCACAAACAAGCAACGACGAGCCAGGAAACACAACUUUCGGAAACCCUUAUCGUGGACGGCGAGGAGACCAUACGACGCCGCAGACGAGGUAGAAGGCGAACGCAAGUUGAAGCCGAAUCAUCCAAGCCAUUGGCUGUCGCGAACCUUUUGGCUGUUGAUUGUUCAUCGACAGUUUCCAGAGACUCUGGAAUUCUUUCCGCUGUUCUAGAACUCGAUGAGCUCGACAAUACGAACAACAACACUCAAUUGUUGCGUAGUAUGUCAACGCACACCGACGAAGUUGACUCUUCGUUGCCACCUAGCGACGACAGCGGUUACAUACUCGACGAGAGCGACGACGCAGUACAGUGCACCGCAUGCCAUGCUAUGACAUCAACAAUUGAACCGGGCUUUGACGCGAAGCAAAGGCUAGUGAUGGUUCUUCAUGACUGGGUGCAGCAUUUUCCUACCGAUUUCAAAAACAAACAAACAAGAGCUUCGCUCUCAGAAGUGGUGGAGCAACUUCAAAAUCAGGAUGAGAACCUUAGCGAACUCUGCAGCCAAGUGAUGGGAAGUUUAAGUCAACACACUGUUGUGCAAGAGAGCUAUGAACGUCAAUUGUCUGACUCUGAUUUGGAACAUGAGUUACAGAAGACAGUCAACUACAGAAAGUCAAGAGAUGCCAUGAUCUCAGUGUUACUCGCAAUUAGGGAUGCAACAGACGUGAACGAAAUGGCCCAACAGAUGUGCAUCAUUGAGAUGGAGUUUUUAAAGCAUGUUGGAGCUGAUGAGUUUCUUCAGAUGUUUGCAGCAGAUGCUUCACAAUCUAAGACUAAUCUUGGGGCUUGUGUGAGAUGGUUUAACAGAUUAAGCAGACUUGUUGGGACCAUCAUACUAAUGUGUCGUAAAAGAAAACAUGCACGUCAUGUUAUCACCAUGUUCGCAAGAAUAGCAAACAGAUGUUUUGAGCUUUCCAAUUUUAACUCUGCAAUGGCAAUCUUGUCUGGACUCAGCCUUGGAUCUGUUACCAGGCUGAAGAAAACAUGGAAUAAAUUGAAGCUGUCUGAACUUCAUCAACUACAGAAUGCUUUUGAUCCCACCAACAACUUCCAGCAGUACAGAAGCAUCCACUCAUCCCGUGUCAAAGCACUCCACCCUAUGACAUCAUUCGAUGAUGAUGUCAGACAGGAUGCGGCAAAUCGACUGUCAAUCAUUUCUCAAAGAUCAAUAGCUUCAGUUACAUCCUGCUGCUCUCAACAUGGAGACUCUGGGAUUGAGUUUGAUCACGAUACAUCUCCAUCUUCUGUCUUCCUGAGUUCUCCAGAACCCAUGACAUCACCAACGAUGACAUCACCGAUGAUGUCAUCACCCACCACUAGAACUCCAGCAACACCAUCCCAUAAAAAGCGUUUCAAAUUUGAUACCAAAUCAAUCCAACAACAGGAAGGGGUGAUGGUGCCAUUCCUUGUGUUGCUAGUUAAAGAUGUUUAUUUCCUUAACCACGCAAUACCUACUGUUCAAAGUGAUGGGACAAUAAACUUUGAGAAAUUAAGAAAACUUGCUGAAAUUUUGCGGCCACUUGAAUCAUGGAAGAAAAUGUCAUCUUCUUACCCGAAGAAAGAUGAAUUACACAGCUUUCUUCUUCAUUCCCCAGUAUUAGAGGAUUCAGAUUUGUACCUGCUUUCAUACAAAAGAGAAGCACCGACCAACAGAUUUGAGAAACAGCAACUGAAGACUUUAAAAUUUGCUCAAGAAAUGAAGAAACGUCAAGAAACUAUGGCCAGCAAAAGUUUAAGACGCAAAACUUUCUGAAGAGGCUAAAUUGACAUUGGCAUUAUAAUGCCUUGCAGUUAUGAACGCCAAGAGAGACACAGAAAGAAGAAUCAAUCAAUAGAAAGCAAACUGAAUGAUUACUUACUACUGUUCAGUCGUUUACUUCCAAUUUUAUAGAGUAGUGUUAUAGUUAGUCUUCCCGCUAGGUAUUCUGUUGUAGAACUCGACUUGAGUCCAGUUUCUGGGCUUUCCAAUUAAUACAUUCCAAUCUUAGAUCAGUUUUGACUUAGUAUUUCCACAGCACUAUGUGAUUUAGAUUUAAGACCCACUUGUUUUGUAAACUUGUUGGUAAUUUUGAAUAUUCCUUUUUUUGAUUUUUGAUAUUUAACACUGAUCGUGCGACGUUCCUUAAAGUUUAUAUGGCCCUAGGCUUUUGUAAAAUCGCAUAUUUUUAUAUCAAGCUUUAUAGCGCAAAAUGCUGUGUGAAUUCGUUACUGCCACUUGUUCGCUUUUUAUUGUAAUUGCCUUGUUUCAACUGUAGAUUUGCGCCAAAUUCAUGUCAAGUUCAAAUUAUAUUGAGCCAUUGUUCGCAUAGGUUCAGUCACCGAUGUGGAACAAAUAAUUCGCUUAAACGUAAAUAAAGGUGAUGCUUAUUACA